CAACAGACAAAACUGUUGUGGCAGAUGAGAAGAAGCUUAACAACUCUCAGAAAUGCCAAAACAAGUCAGACACCCAACAUCCAAAGGCCAAGAAGAAGACGUCAAAACCAAGAUGGAUUUGGCCUUUUUGUUGUUUCAGAAGGAAUCAUCGCGUCUCUCCGGCUGAGAGCACCGAUUUCUUGAUUACUAACAAAGUAACAGAGAUAACAAACUCCACUGAAGAGAUAACAGGAGAGCAACUCGCACAAAAAAUGAGUACAUUAUUCUCACAUGAUGACAAGAGGACAACAGUGGAGCAGAUCAAGCAAGACAAGUCACCCUUGUCUGCUAAGAAAAACCAGGAGAAGCCAGCUGGCAAACUCUGCAGAUCGCAGGUCAUGGGUGUAUCCUCUCAUCUAUGUCCAUUGUCUUACUUGAAGAUGAGUUUGUUGGAUACAAACUGCACCAGGAACACUUUGGAGUCCCUUUCUGAACCAGAGGAAAGUUACUCCCACGUGAAAGACAUAUUCAGUUGGAUAAGAACAUUAUCUAACAAAGACAGCUGGAGAACCACCGACCCCCUUGGAUUUCCAAACCUCGGGAACACUUGCUAUAUGAACUCCAGUCUUCAGAGCCUCCUGACAUUAAAAGAUUUUGUGAAGAGCGUCAGUCGUACAGAGCAGAUCUGGAGAUCAGUUCCUGAGGCUCAACUGCUGAAAAAACUGAUUGAAAUCAGGGACUGUCACAAAUCAACUAACUCUAACAUCAAGAGUCAACUCCUGCAGUCCUUUAAAGAUGUUAUCAGUGACCAGAACCCGCAGUUUAUGGACAGUUUGCAGAAUGACGCCCAUGAGUUCCUGAUCUCGAUCCUGACACACAUCGAGAGUCUGUCUCCUCUGCUUCAACGGACCGCAGCGGGCCUGGGCAGAAGCUAUACCUGUCCAGUGGAAGACAGCUUUGGAUUUAAAAUGGAGUACACCAGAACAUGCAAAAAGUGUGGAGUUCAAUCAGUCAGACAGGAACAAUUUACUAAUCUGUCUCUGGACCUGGUUCCUGGAGGGUGUAUUGAAGACAUGAUUGAAAAAUAUCUUCUGGAGGUGGAGCUGGAAUACAGCUGUGAGUGCGGAGGAAAGUCAUCAGGCCAGACUUUGACCUUUGCAUCCCUGCCAAAAAAAUCUAUGACCCUGUGCAGAUACAGAGGGACAUAGUUGUGUCAUCUAAAAUGGGUGGUGGCUGUUUCAGUCUGGUCAGCGCCAUCAGUCAUUCAGGCAGUACUGGAGAAGG